GACUGAUCUGGGCAGAAUGGCAAUAACCUUUCCAUCUGCUCCGAGCUCAAAGAUUACUGGACAUCUGAGGCAGUCUGUGAUUCUGUAGGGAUUCACACUACAGCUUCUCCAGACACUCAGUCUAGAGUUCAUCUAAAACCUUCGCUGGAGUUUGGGGAGGAUCUUUACAAAAUGCCACGGUCAUUUCUUGUCAAGAAAUAUUUUUCCAACAAGAAGCCAAACUACAGUGAACUGGAGAGUCAAACUGACCAACGCUAUGCUGUCUUCCCACAAUGCUUCCCUCUGGAUGACUUCCCCACCAGAGAAGGUGAUUCCGUGGUGCCCACCUAUCCCUCCAUGCUCGUGUGGACCACCAGUGCCUUACCCCUUACCUUCACAGCGGUGUCACCCAGCAUCCCCUCUCCUCCUGGGCCUCUGGACCUUAGCUCUCAGUCCAGCUCCAGCAGCAGUGGAGAGGAGGACGACUGCCGUACAUCUGACCCUCCCAGCCCAGACCCCGCCGACCGCUUCCAGUGCUCCCACUGCGGCAAGACCUGCAGCAGCCCGGCCGUGCUGUCUCUCCAUCAGCUCACGCACUGCACCGCCAGCCCACAGACGCUCACUACUGCUGCAGGAGCCACCAGCACAAGCACCAAAGCGGCCUUCCACUGCAAGCACUGUCCCAAAGAGUACAACAGUCUGGGUGCGCUCAAGAUGCACAUCCGCUCACACACGCUCCCCUGUGUGUGCACCACGUGUGGAAAGGCCUUCUCCAGACCCUGGUUACUGCGAGGACACAUCCGUACACACACCGGUGAACGUCCCUUCUCAUGCCCCCACUGUAACCGUGCGUUUGCGGACCGCUCAAACCUGCGCGCUCACCUGCAGACCCACUCGGAAGUGAAGAAGUACCAGUGUGGAACGUGCUCUCGUACCUUCAGCCGCAUGUCCCUCCUGCACAAACACACCCUCUCCAGCUGCUGUCCGUCUGCCUAGAGCCCAUCACUCCAUGUUGAGCUGGGACGGGUUUCAGCCAUAAGUGAAUGUUUGGACUCAUAGAGAAUGCUGUUUUUGAAGCAUAAAGUGCCUUAUAUUUGCUUCCACAAGCCAAAGGAGAGAUGCUAUCUUUCUUCCAGUGUUAGUCUUACACACUUUCACACACAGUACAGUAGCAGCCUGUUAAAUGUAGACUGCAGAUUUUUGUCGUGGGAAGGAGGCCCACAGACUGACUCUCAGUGGAAUCCCAGGAUGCACCUCGGUGCCGGCUGGUCCAGGACUGUGAGGGGGCAGCUGCUGUAAAGCGUGUGUGGUGAGAGGUCAUCUCUCACCAAGAUCUCCACAGACGUGCAGGGAUGUAUGGGGACAGCUGUUGCAGCGCAGGCCUGUCGACAAAUGCAUUGGCUGUGUCUCUAGACUGAUGGUUUAAAUAAGAAGUUCAAUUAGACUCUGCAAUUUGUCUCUGUAAUCAUAGCUUCGAGGUAUUAUAUCAGCUGGCAUCUCCUGAA